CGAACUUCAUAGCAGCUCGCACGUCGUUCACCCAGUCUACAACCAAUUUGGGUUUGCUGAGGCUGAGGGCAUUUCAUCUCAAUUAGACACGACUGGCAAAUUAUUGGUGCUUCCAUUGCUGGAUGAGUACAUGAGAUAUCAAGCUCAGGAAUAGCACAACACUGGUACCCCUCCCAUCAGAGCAGCAACCUACAAAGCCUGGUCUCGACACAAGCACUUCGCCUGUUGGACUCUCUUCAGCAGAUACACCUAUCAAUCUCAUAUAUACACAUCUUCCUGAGCAAAAAUGGGUUGGUGGCCAUUUUCCGCAGACACCCGGGCCGACGCCAUCCGCAGCGGCACGGCCAUUCCCAACCGCGAGGAGCGCACCGUCUGCUGGGCCUCACGAGACGCCUACUUUGCCUGUCUAGACGCCAACAACAUCAUUGACGCCAACAAGGACGCCUCCGCCGCUGCCAAGGCGUGUCCCAAGCAGUCUGCCGAUUUCGAGCGCGACUGUGCGGCCGCCUGGGUCAAGUACUUUAAGCAGUGGCGCGUAGCGGAUCUGCAGAAGAAGAAGAGGCUGGAGGAGCUGCGCAAGCAGGGCGCUGUCGAGAUGGACGUUUCGACUAGCUUUGCGCCAGAGGGGGGUGCUGGGGAGAAGGGGAAGGGGAAGGGCGAUAUCCAGGAGAUGUUGGAUCGGAAGAGAGGGAGGUGAACUGAUGAGGUAUAGCACUUUGUCCAGUCUCACUUUUUUUUUAGUGAUGGAGGAGGCUGGUGGCAUACUUUGUGUUUGAUAUAGAUGCCGACGUGUACAACAGUUGUAUAUUUAUGAUGGAUAUUGGAAACUAAGUAAGGCAGCAUACAAUUAUGGACUCACUCUUCUCUUUUGGGGAUUUAUAGAUGGUACAAAUUCAGCUCAAAAAACGGUGGUUCUUUUGGAACUCGGUGCUCUCUUGUUUCUUUGCGGUAUACAUGAGACAGUGAAUUAAGAGGUAGAAAAAAAAAAGAUGGUAUGCUGCCGCAGAAAAUAGGGAAAGGGG